UAAUGUUAGAUAUUCACUUUGGAGAUGAGAUUCUUCCAAUUGCUUAAAUGUAGUCAAAAUUGAUCAUCAUAUUAGAGUGGCUUCCAGUUAGCCAUAUGUCAAUAAGUAAAUUAAUGAUAUGAGACUGAGUGCAAAUUCAAAUAGGUCAGCAAUGACAUUUAAAUUACAUUCCAAUAGGAGAUUAAGAAUCAACUCUUAAGAACAAAUCUGGCCUCUUCCUUAAUCCUCUAAUUCAUAUACAUUUUAAAGAUAAAAUUCUUAACGAUCAAAAUAGAGUGUAGGUCCUGGUUCCUACGAGAUAUAAUCUCCAGCUCAUUUACAAUAAAAUCGACCUUCCAUUAGUUUUACUAAAAGUAAUAGAAGAUAAUUUGAAAAACUCUAAAAACCAGGACCUGGAUAAUACAAUAUUAUAUAAAAAAAGUAAUCAAAAACAUUUGUUUUCAAUUCAAGACAUAUUAUUGAAUAUUAAUAGUAAUCUCCAGGUCCUGGUGCAUAUGAUUUAAAUAUAAAAUCUUGUCGAAGUAUCUCUAUUGGCACUGCAAGAUAUCAAUCGUAAACUGAUUCAAAAUUUUAAACGCCUGGACCUGGAGCUUAUAAAAUUAAUUAGAAAGUCAAUAAAAAAAAGAUAGAUAGAAUUGAAAGACUUCUAAAACCUAAAAUUAUGGUAAGAUCUUAUUACAAUAGAAAAGAAGAUAAAUAUAUUAAAGAAUUAAUGAAAUAAAAAGAAACUUAAGAAUAAUAAGAAAACAAAAUAAGACCAAAAUCAGCAGUUUAAAUUAAAUAGACAGCAAGAAGAAAGAAAAUGGAAAAAAUUAGAAGAAGCUUUCACGAAAAAUGUAAUUUUCCAGGUCCUGGAAGCUAUGAGAUUAAAGAUUUUAUUUAAAUUGAUCAAGCUGACAAAAAAAAUUAACACAUAUAAAAAUCAAAUUCGGAGAAAAAAUUAAAGUCUGACAACAUAAUAGGACCUGGUAGUUAUGAAAUUAAAGAUUUUCUUUAUUAAUCUGAAUAUAUUAAAAAAAGUAAAAUUAAUACAAGCUUUGGUCAAUCCAAAAGGUUUUAAGUUGAAAAAAUUUCUGUUUUGGGACCUGGAAGUUAUGAAUUAGUUGAUGAAUAACUAUGA